AGCCGCCAAGCAGAUCAACGUUGUAGUAGGUUAUAGGGAGAAUAUCCGGCGAGUUUGCGACUUAAACCUGACAAGUCUGGGUGACAAAUGCCUCUGAGAACUAUUCACGAGCAGCGGCGACGGAAAGAAGGUGUUUCCUCGACUGAAAAAGUAUGCGGUCCAGCUUCUGCUAAGCGUGUUCAUUUUAAAGAUGAGACACCGCAGAGGAAAACAGAUGAGAAAAUCGACUGCGGUGGGGAAACUCCUCCGUUUUCAUUAAGCGAGGUGGAACGAAGAGAGAAACCUCUUAGACAGAGAGAACGGGAAGUGGAGGCGACUAUAAAAUGGCUUUAUUUACAAAUAAAGAUACUACAGCAACAAGAUCAGGAUCUGAUGCGUCAGUUCACGCAUGUGCGUACAAUGCUUAACGCGGUACAAGAUCUUCCCUAUUCCACCCCUGCCGGGCGCAAGAUUAGUCUCCCUGAAGAAGCCAUCACGGCGUAUGGCGCGCGCCGGCUGUCAGAGAGUACAACGGAGCCCACACGUGACUACCGCCGCCGAUCUUAUUCGGCGUUUAGCGAGCGGAUCUCGUUUUUCUCGUCUAUGACGUCACCAUCUAGCAUGGAAGAGCUCAAAGAAAUUUGAUGAUCAAGUGGAAUUAUGGGCAAUACAACAAAUAAGCGACAAAUGAAUAAGCAGCAUGGAAAACAAACAGACAAGCAAAC